AUGGGGUAAUUGUGCUUUAAGCAUGACAGCGAGCAUGGAAAUAAUAAUCCAAAUAAUCAAAAUUCUAUAUCAAAGCUGAAUUAUAGCAAAUAAAGUAUCUCAAAGUCUUCUAAUUAGUCAUUUACUGAAGAUCCAAAUAAUUAAUAUAUAUCUAGAGACAUUAAAAUAACAUUGAAAUAAAAAUUAAGUGAAGAUCACGAUACCGAAGAUGAUGACUUUUAAGAUAGCAUGAAAUAAAAUUAAAACCAAAAUUCGAUGGAUGAUAGUCAACAAACAAUAAGUCAUCAUAGAAAUAAAGAUUAAAGUAUUAGAGACAUUUCUCCAUUAAACAAUAAAAUAGACAAAGAGAUUCUUGAUUCAAGUUAAGCAAAAAUUCAUUCAAGCAAAUUAACAAAUACUCAGUAGAAAAAUAAAAAAAAAUCUAAAGGCUCCUAUAUAUUUACAGGCACUUUAGGUCAUAAUAGCUAUUUAGAUAUGUCUUCAUAAUCCAUAAGAAGCAAUAGAGCUUAUACUGAAAGCGAAAUUAUGAAUAAAUAAAGAAAUCCUGUAGUAAAAAGAAACUUUAAGAAAUGA